AUGCUCCCUGAAAACCCCAACUCGCAUAUUGGCAUAAAUGCCACAAGCAUCUCACAGCAGACCACGCCCUCAUUGCUCGAGCUCGCAGAACAGGUUGCGGCCGCGGCGACGGCGAUUGCGAAGCAGCUGAGGGAGAAAAAUGUCGCUGAGCCGCGGCUCCAUCCGCCAUGUGCAGGGCUGCCUGAUGAUCCUGAGAUCAAGGAGGCUAGGCAACAGCUGCUGGUUGCGUCGAGGGCACUGGGGGUGCUGUCUCAUGAUCCGUUGUCCCAUUUGAGGGAGACUAUUUUGCAGUUCAACGAGUGCGCGGCACUGGUGCUCGUGGUGGAUUGGAAGAUUGCUCAUAUCUUGGAGUUGGACGGGACGCCGAUGCAUAUUUCGGAGAUUGCGAAGAGGGCGGGGGCGGCAGCGGACGAGUACAAGCUUGUUUCGGCGUUGAGAAUGCUAACGACCCAAUACAUCUUUGCAGAGUUGAAGCCAGGAUACUUCGCACACAACAGCUCCUCAGUCUACCUCGCUCGCGAGGAAACCGAACUCCUCAUCGGCCACUGCAACGAAGUCCUAGUCCCCAGCGCCUUCAAAGUCUCCGAAGCCAUGCGCAAAUGGCCCGCCUCCACAAACCCCACUGAGACUGCCUUCACCAUCGGGCACAAGACAUCAUCCCCUUUCUUCCCCUGGCUCCUCGAGCACCCCGCACAUAUCACACGUUUCAACAAGAUCAUGCGCGUCAUGGCCGAAAGCUCUUAUGCCCGCCUACGCUCCGUAUACCCCUGGCGCUCCCUCGGCAAAUCUACCAUUGUCGACCUGGCAGGCGGUAACGGGCACAUCUCGCACCAAAUUGCGUACGAAGCGCCCGAGCUGCGAUUCGUGCUGGCGGACCUGGAGAAUGCAGUCAAGGAUGCGAAGGAGACCUGUCCGGUAGAGCUGAAGGAUAGGUUCGAGUACCGCGUGGUGGACUUCUUUGAGAAAAUGACGAUACCAGCGGAUGUCUACUUCAUGAGGAUGAUCCUGCAUUUCAUGAGCGACGAGGACUGUGUUAGGGUUGUAAAGAAUAUUGUUCCGGCGAUGAAGAAAGGGAGCCGCAUCUUGGUGGCUGAUGGGAUCAUUCCGAAGUGCGAUGUGAUGCCGGACCCGAAGCACCGCUAUGUGUUUAACCAGAACUGGAAUAUGAUCCAGAUAAUGAACGCGAGGGAGAGGACGUUUGCCGAGGUCCAGAAGAUAUUUGCGCAGGCCGAUCUAAGGUUUAGGUUGAAGCAGUGGGGCGAGGCGGGUGGUCCGCCGUCUUCAGAAAUCAUUGAAGCUGUUUUGGCCGAUGAACCGGCGGUGAAGUGGAAGUUAUAG